ACAGCGAGCCUUCUCUCCAGAAGGACUGAGCGAGAUGUGGAACGAGAUGGUGAAGGAUGGAGAGAUUGUCUUUGACAGAGAAGAAUCCGCCCAUCCAGAGGACUGUGCUGAUUGCACCCAAAAGAGAGAUGAUACGAACGAUAAGGAAAAGAAGGAAGAGGAGGAGGUGGCGGCUUCAUCUUUCCAUCACUCCAUCAUUGAGAUGUGGGACUGGGGGAGGCAGCCAGAAACUGGAGAGCUGAAGGACUGUGUGAUGGCACUGGUAGACGACCAACAGAAGCUGUCUUCCCAGACGGCUAAGAGCACACUCUCCGCUCUGCGCCUGAGCCAGAGACUGGUGAUCCUGGAGCGCUACCUCAUCUCACUCACCCACAGUAUGAUGGAGGAAAAGUACAAAGUGCGCUGGAAAAGUCCCCCCAGCCCUCCGCUCUCUGCCGCCGAUAACAAAAGUGCUCGGCCAGUCAGUAAAGGAGUGGAGGGUUUGGCCAGGGUGGGAUCAAGAGCGGCUCUUUCCUUUGCCUUUGCCUUUCUUCGUCGAGCCUGGAGAUCUGGUGAUGAUGCAGACCUGUGCAGUGAGUUACUGCAGGAGUCUCUGGACGCUCUGCGGGCUCUCCCAGAAGCUACACUGUUUGAUGAGGGCACAGUGUCGCCCGUCUGGCUGGAGGUGGUCGAGAGGGCCACCAAAUUCCUCAGUGACAUUCAUGGAAUUGCCAGUGGAAAAGCGCCCAGUAACAUUCCCCUGCAGGAUCAGCACCUGGCCCUGGCCAUCCUUCUGGAGCUUGCAGUGCAGCGAGGAACUCUCAGUCAGCUGCUGUCUGCAGUUUUGCUGCUGCUGAGGCUCUGGGACAGUGGAACGAGAGAAAUGGAUAAUGAGCGCUCGACCCAGGGCACCAGCGCCCCCUUACUGCCCCUCCUGCAGCGCUUCCAGAACAUCCACAGCAGUAAGGAGGAGCCUGUUCCUGAAGAGGAGAUUGAGAUCCUUUCGGCCCCUCUGAGCCCAAAUGAGAGUUUUCUGCGCUACCUUACACUGCCUCAAGAUAAUGACCUGGCCAUUGAUCUGCGGCAGACAGCUGUAGUCAUCAUGGCACACUUGGACCGCCUGGCGGCCCCAUGCAGCCCCCCGCAGUGCAGCUCACCCACCUCUAACAAGAGUACUCUGCAGGAGGUGAUUGGUUGGGGUCUGCUUGGAUGGAAACCUUACGCUAAUGUGAAUGGACCAAUUCAGUGCAAGGCACUGUCAAACCUGGGCGUCACACAGAUUGUCUGCUCAGAGAAGGGUUUCCUCAUCUUGACCAUCACUGGUGCCGUCUACACACAAAACUACAAAAGCACUACGCUAGCCCCUAUGCUAGUACACGCAUUGUCAUCCAGGAAAAUAAUGGAGCUUGCAGCUCACCCGGAUGGGCAGCACUACUUGGCACUUUCAGUCAAUGGGGAGGUGUUCUCAUGGGGUUGUGGAGAUGGAGGCAGGCUAGGACAUGGAGACACUACGUAUUUAGAGGAACCCACCAUGAUUGCAGUAUUCUCAGGGAGGCCGGCAGGGAAGCAAGUUAUUCACAUCGCGUGUGGCAGCACGUACAGCGCAGCGAUCACAGCAGACGGAGAGCUGUACACAUGGGGCCGAGGAAACUACGGCAGGCUAGGCCACGGCUCUAGUGAGGACCAGACCACUCCCAUGCUGGUAACUGCUCUGAAGGGGCUUAAGGUCAUCUAUGUGGCAUGUGGAAGUGGAGAUGCUCAGACCCUCGCUGUGACUGAGAAUGGUCAGGUUUGGUCAUGGGGUGAUGGUGACUAUGGUAAACUCGGUCGUGGGGGUAGUGAUGGAUGCAAAACGCCAAAACUUGUGGAGAAGUUACAGGAUUUGGAUAUGGUGAAGGUGUGCUGUGGGAGCCAGUUCUCCGUAGCUCUCACUAAAGAUGGACAAGUGUACACUUGGGGCAAAGGAGACAAUCAGAGACUUGGCCACGGCACUGACGAACACGUCCGCUAUCCCAAACUGCUCGACAGUCUACAAGGUAAGAGGGUGGUGGAUGUAGCAGUUGGCUCUACACACUGCCUGGCCCUCACAGAAGAAGGAGAGGUGCACAGUUGGGGCAGUAAUGAUAAACUUCAGCACUUUGACACGCUCUUCUCCAAUAAGAAGCAGCCUAAAGCCCUGCCAGGCCUUAAUUCUAAACACAUAAUAGGCAUCUCCUGUGGCCCUGGCCAGAGUUUUGCAUGGUCGUCAUGCUCUGAGUGGUCCGUAGGGCUCCGUGUACCAUUUGUGGUGGACGUGUGCACAAUGACGUUCGACCAGCUGGACCUGCUGCUUCGGCAGGUCAGUGAGGGCAUGGACGGCAGCUCUGAUUGGCCACCGCCGCAGGAGAAAGAGUGCAUGGUUGUGGCCGCUCUCAACCUGCUCAGAUUACAGCUCCAUGCAGCCAUCAGUAACCAGGUGGACCCUGAGGAGCUAGGUUUGGGCUUGGGAAGCGGGCUGCUUAAUAACCUCAAGCAGACAGUGGUGACGCUGGCCAGCAACGCCGGGGUUUUAAACACUGUGCAGGUGGCUGCCCAGGCCGUGCUCCAGAGUGGCUGGUCAGUGCUACUGCCCACUGCAGAGGAAAGAGCGAGAGCCCUGUCCUCACUGCUGCCCAAUGCAGCAUCUGCUAAUGAGAUGAGUGUAAGUCCUGGCCGUUGCUUCAUGAUCGACCUCUUGGUUAGUAGUCUGAUGGCCGACGGAGGGCUGGAGUCUGCUUUGAAUGCUGCCAUCACGGCUGAGAUCCAGGAUAUCGAGGCUAAAAAAGAAGCACAGAAAGAGAAGGAGAUCGAUGAGCAGGAAGCCAGUGCCUCUUCUCUGCAUCGCUGUCGCACCACACUGGACAAAGACCUGAUCAACACCGGCAUCUAUGAGUCAACAAACAAGCAGAGCCUUCCAUUGGUCCAGCUGGUCCAACAACUGCUCAGAAACAUUGCUUCACAGACUAUAGCUCGUCUUAAGGAUGUGGCACGACGAAUCUCAAACUGCCAAGACACGGAGCAGGUCAGCAAGGAGCGCUCGGCCUCUCUGGACCUACUGCUGCGCUUUCAGAGGCUGUUGGUCUGCAAGCUGUAUGUGGGGGUCAGUGGCACUGUGGGUGUGGGAGGAUACACUUUGAGUAACUCAGAGAUUCUGGGAGUUGGGUCUCUUUUGAAGAAGUACAUGGCUUUGCUGUGCACACACAUUGGAGAUAUCCUUCCUGUUGCCACCAGCAUCGCCCUCAACAGUCAUCGUCACUUUGCAGAGGUGGCACGUGUCCUUGAGGGAGAUCUCACAGGUGUUUUGCUGCCAGAGUUGAUUGUCUCCAUCGUGUUACUGCUGACCCGUGAUGCUGGCCUGAUGCAGGAGACUGGAUCCAUUCCUCUCCUCGCCGCUCUUCUGGAGCACGUGGACCGUUUUAACCAUCUCUCCCCUGGAAUGGAGAGAGAUGAUAAUGAGGAUCUCGCCUGGCCUGGACUCAUGGGAUUCUUUUUCAAUGGGUCAAGCUCAAAGAACAACGAGGAAGUGUCGCUUAUCCGCAAAGCUGACCUGGAGAAUCAUAACAAAGAUGGCGGUUUCUGGACUGUCAUUGAAGGGAAGGUCUAUGACAUCAAAGACUUCCAGACGCAAACUUUAACUGGGAACAGCAUCCUCGCCCAGUUUGCUGGAGAAGACCCUGUAGUAGCUUUAGAGGCCGCUCUCCAGGUUGAAGACACAAGGGAGUUCAUGCAAGCUUUCUGUGUGGGACAAUACAUGGAGCCCAACCAGGAAAUGGUGACAACUCCUGACCUGAGCAGUCUGUCCUCACCUCUGAUAGAUGCUGAAAGGAACCUUGGUCUGCUACUGGGACUGCAUGCCUCAUAUUUGGCUAUGAGCACCCCUCUCUCCCGCAUUGAAAUAGAAUGUGCCAAAUGGCUCCAGUCGUCAAUUUUCUUUGGUGGUCUUCAGACGAGUCAGAUCCACUAUAAUUAUAAUGAGGAGAAGGAUGAGGACCACUGCAGCUCUCCUGGGACCACCACACCAGACAAAGCCAAACUCUACUGCCGCAGAAUCACCCUGAGUGAUCACGCCCAGCCCUUCCUGCAGGCCAUCGCUGACAACAACACCCAGGACCACACUGUGAAGGACUUUCUAUGCCAAAUCGAGCGGUGCUGUAAACAGUACCAUCUCAUCACUCCCAUCACUUUUCCGCCUGAACAUCCUGUAGAGGAAGUGGGCCGCCUGCUGCUCUGCUGCCUUCUCAAGCACCAUGACCUUGGUCAUGUCGCCCUCUCACUUGUUGAUCAGUGUGCCUUGGGUGUGGACCAGGGGAAACAGAGGUCCCUCCCUAAAUCUGUGAUUGAUGUGUGUCGAAUGGUGUACCAGGCCAAAUGUUCUUUGAUAAAAACGCACCAGGAGCAAGGCCGCUCUUAUAAGGAGGUGUGCGCCCCAGUGAUCGAGAGGCUGCGUUUCCUGUUCAAUGAGCUCCGGCCUGCUGUCAGCAAUGACCUGUCCAUUGUGUCCAAACUGAAGCUGCUGAGCUCUCAGCCUCGCUGGAAAAGGAUCACGCAGAAACUGAUCAGAGACCGCCGCAAAAAGAGAGUGCCUAAGAAAUCAGAGUCCGCUGAUUUGGAGGAGGACAAGAUGGAGAGGGAAGGGACCAAUGAGGAGCUGCCUGCUCCAAUCAGUCCCGCCCCUGUGGACAAGAAACAAACCACUGUCAGAUCCCCAAAGCAGGAUAAGUGGCAGCCUCUACUAAGCACCAUAGGCAGUGUUCAGAAGUACCGCUGGUUAAAGCACAGCGUUCAGGGCUCCUUCUCUCAGUCCAGCCUCAUGAGCGCCAUCGUUGAGUUUGCUUUGAAAGAGGAACCGCUGGAUGUGGAGAAGAUGAGGAAGUGCCUUCUUAAACAGUUGGAGCGAGCUGAGGUCCGGCUGGAGGGUAUAGAUACUAUGUUGAAGCUGGCAUCCAAAAACUUCCUCCUGCCUUCCGUACAGUACGCCAUGCUCUGUGGUUGGCAGAGAGUCAUACCUGAAGGGACCAAUAUUGGAGAGCCCCUGGCUGACUGCCUAAAGGAUGUAGAUCUCAUUCCUCCAUUUAACCGCAUGUUGCUGGAGGUGACGUUCGGUAAGCUCUAUGCCUGGGCUAUCCAGAAUGUCCGCAACAUCUUGUUGGAGGCCAGCGGCAAGUUCAAGGAGCUGGGGGUGCAGCCAGUGCCUUUGCAGACCAUCACUAAUGAGAACCCAGCAGGCCCCAGUUUGGGAACCAUUCCUCAGGCACGCUUCCUGCUGGCCAUGCUCCAUAUGCUCACUCUCAAACAUGGAGCCAACAGCCUCAGUCUCCUGCUGAACUCUGGCAUCCUCGCCCUCACCCAGAGUGUACUUCGACUCAUUGGUCCCAGCUCUGAUAGCUGUGAAGAGGAGCUGAGCUCUGUAGCUCACGGAGACUCUGCUACAGUUCUCGAGGAGUCCAGGAAGGAGACGACCCCCACCCCUCUUCCUGCCUCUGGCCCUGAAUUGGCAGCUAUGAUGAAGAUUGGCACUAGGGUGAUGAGAGGACCUGACUGGAAAUGGGGAGAUCAGGAUGGACCACCACCAGGCAUGGGCCGUGUUAUUGGGGAGUUGGGAGAAGAUGGCUGGAUUCGUGUCCAAUGGGACACCAGCAGCACCAAUUCCUACAGGAUGGGCAAAGAGGGCAAGUAUGACCUCAAACUAGCCGAGCCGCCGCCUGCCACCCAACCGGUCACAGAAGACUCUGACACAGAGGACGACACAGAAGGGGAGGUGAUGGAGAAGAGUGUUCAUCCAACUGCAAUCAUGUUGACCAGCACAGUUAAUCUGUUGAAGACACUGUCACUGUCCUCUGGGAUUCACGCUGAGGUGAUGCAGGCUGACGCUAUUAGCACUCUGUGCGGUCUACUCCGGAUACUGGUGGAGAGUGGAGCCAAUGACAAAACUGGUUGUUCAUCUCACAAGCUGGUGUCCUGUGAGCAGCACAGGAGCUGGUGCACACUGGGAUUUAUUCGCAGUAUAGCUCUCAUGCCUCAGAUGUGCAGUACCCUGAGUUCCUCUGCGUGGAUCAAUCUGCUCAUACGCAUCGUGGAGGGCCACAAGUCCUUCACUGCGGUCACGCUACAGAGACAGAUUCUUGCCCUGCGGCUUCUACAGGGGGUUUUACCCUCCUGGGAUAAGACCGAGCGCUCACAGGAUAUGAAGUUUCUGGUGGAGAAACUCUUUGGGUUCCUUGGCAGCUUGCUCAGCACGUGUUCCUCAGAUCUGCCCCUCCUCAGGGAAGGUUCGAUGCGUAGGAGAAAGUCCCGCCCUCAAGCCUCUCUGACAGCCACUCACAGCAGCACCCUAGCCGAGGAGAUUGUGGCUGUACUGCGUACACUUCACUCCCUUGGCCAAUGGAAUGGCCUUGUUAAUGAAUACAUUAACUCCCAGCUCAGUGGUAUCAGUGAUGUCAUGGCAGGCAGACACACUGAAGCGGUACAAGUCCAAUUUUUUUAA